UCGCGCGAAAAGUUAGUCCAUCCAGUAGAAAGUGGUGUGGACACAAGUGCCGAAAGUUGCUUGGAACAAUGGCGGAUUCCUCAGAGUCGUACCACAUGGCUACCAGCCCCAGAGGCGGACUGACGUCCAGUCCUGGUAGAGACCUGCCUCCCUUCGAGGAUGAGUCCGAGGGGCUCCUCGGAGAUACCUUGCCCGACGAGGAAGACGGAGAUGGGGAGGAGCUGAUCGGAGAUGGGAUGGAACGGGACUAUCGUGCCAUCCCAGAGCUGGAUCGCUACGAGCAUGAGGGUCUGGAUGAGGAUGAGGACCUGUCAGAACUGUCGCCAGGGGCCCGAGCCGCCGCCGAGGAGGAGAUGAGGAGACGCGACCGCGAGAUGGGGGCGGCCGGCCGCAUGAGGAGGGGCCUGCUCUACGACAGCGAGGAUGAGGACGACGACCGGCCGGCGAGGAAGCGUCGCCUGGCGGAGCGGGCGGCAGAGGGAGCAGGGGAAGGGGAGGACGAGGAGAUGAUUGAGAGCAUUGAGAACCUGGAAGACAUGAAGGGACACACAGUGCGUGAGUGGGUCUCCAUGGCAGCGCCACGCCUUGAGAUCUACCACCGCUUCAAGAACUUCCUGCGCACACACGUGGACGAGCACGGGCACAACGUCUUCAAGGAGAGGAUCAGCGACAUGUGCAAAGAGAACAAGGAGUCUCUGCUGGUGAGCUACGAGGACUUGGCGUCCAGGGAGCACGUGCUGGCCUACUUCCUGCCUGAGGCGCCCAUGGAGAUGCUCAAGAUCUUCGACGAGGCGGCCAAGGAGGUGGUGCUGGCCAUGUACCCCAAGUACGAGCGCAUCGCACACGAGAUCCACGUGCGCAUCGGGAACCUGCCGCUGGUGGAGGAACUGCGAUCGCUCAGGCAGCUGCAUCUGAACCAGCUGAUCCGCACCAGUGGGGUGGUGACCAGCUGCACAGGUGUGCUUCCACAGCUGGGCAUGGUCAAGUACAACUGUAACAAGUGUAACUUUGUGCUGGGGCCCUUCUUCCAGUCGCAGAACCAGGAGAUCAAGCCUGGAUCCUGCCCUGAGUGUCAGUCGCUUGGACCCUUCGAGAUCAACAUGGAACAGACCGUCUACCAGAACUUCCAGCGCAUCACGAUCCAGGAGAGCCCUGGGAAGGUGGCGGCCGGCCGCCUGCCUCGCUCCAAAGACGCCAUCCUGCUCGCAGACCUGGUGGACACCUGCAAGCCCGGAGACGAGAUCGAGCUGACGGGAAUCUACCACAACAACUACGACGGCUCCCUGAACAUGGCCAACGGCUUCCCCGUCUUCUCCACGGUCAUCAUGGCCAAUCACAUCGCCUGCAAGGACCAGCGCGUCGCCGUCGGCGAGCUCACAGACGAGGACGUCAAGGCCAUCGUGGCCCUGUCCAAGGACGAGCGCAUCGGGGAGAGGAUCUUUGCCAGUGUGGGUCCCUCCAUCUAUGGUCACGAGGACAUCAAGAGGGGUCUCGCCCUCGCCCUGUUUGGAGGAGAGCCAAAGAACCCAGGUGGCAAACACAAGGUGCGCGGUGACAUCAACGUGCUGCUGUGCGGUGACCCCGGCACAGCCAAGUCUCAGUUCCUCAAGUAUGUUGAGAAGGUGGCCAGCCGUGCGGUGUUUACCACGGGCCAGGGGGCCUCCGCUGUGGGUCUCACCGCCUACGUGCAGCGUCACCCCGUCACCAGAGAAUGGACUCUGGAGGCAGGAGCCCUGGUGCUUGCCGACCGCGGAGUGUGUCUGAUUGAUGAGUUCGACAAGAUGAACGAUGCAGAUAGGACCAGUAUCCACGAGGCGAUGGAGCAGCAGAGUAUCUCCAUCUCCAAGGCCGGCAUUGUCACCUCCCUACAGGCUCGCUGCACUAUCAUCGCUGCGUCCAACCCCAUCGGAGGGAGAUAUGACCCCUCUCUAACCUUCUCUGAGAAUGUGGACCUGACAGAGCCAAUCAUCUCUCGUUUUGACAUCCUGUGUGUUGUCAGGGAUACAGUGGAUGCAGUUCAGGACGAGAUGUUGGCCCGCUUCGUGGUGGGCUCGCACAUCAAGCAUCACCCGGGCAACAAGGAAGGGGGCGUGGCCAGCCUUGAGGAGAUGGUGCUGCCCAACACGUCGGACGUGCCGCCCAUCCCCCAGGAGCUGCUGCGCAAGUACAUCAUCUACGCCAAGGAGCGCGUGCACCCCAAACUCAACCAGAUGGACCAGGACAAGGUGGCCCGCAUCUACAGCGACCUCAGGAAGGAGUCCAUGGCGACGGGCAGCAUCCCCAUCACGGUGCGCCACAUCGAGUCGAUGAUCCGCAUGGCGGAGGCCCACGCCCGCAUGCACCUGCGCGACUACGUGCUGGAGGACGACGUCAACAUGGCCAUCCGCGUCAUGCUGGAGAGCUUCAUCGACACCCAGAAGUUCAGCAUCAUGAGGAGCAUGAGGAAGACGUUUUCGCGCUACCUGGCCUUCAAGAGGGACAACAACGAGCUGCUGCUCUUCAUCCUGAAGCAGCUGGUGGCUGAGCAGUCCAGCUACCAGAUGAACCGCUACGGAGCCAAGCAGGACACCAUCGAGAUCCCAGAGAAGGAGCUCGUAGACAAGGCAAGACAAAUCAACAUCCACAACAUGUCAGCCUUCUACGACAGCGAGCUCUUCAGAGGCAACAAGUUCUCCCAUGACGGCAAGAAGAAGCUGAUCACUCAGCGGUUCUAAACGGCGCCGAGGAGCAGCUUUCAAACCGGGAGGAAGUCCUGGAUGUGUAUACUGUGUAUAUUGUCACCUGCUGGGUUGAGGACGCCCUAGGGCUGACAUGGACAUAAAGAAAAGCCUCUUGUUUGGAGGGGUGCCGUUCUCACAUUCCUCUAGUAGGGCCUAUGAUCUUUUCAUCAUGAAAUAUGAAGAAAGGAAAGAUGUUUAAAGAUGCAUUCUGUACUACUUUUUUGUGUUACAAAAAAAAUCUGCAACUGUUUUAAAAAGUAAAUAAAUAAGACGUGUGAAAUAA